AUGGAACUCAGUGUUAAGAUAUUUCCCCACGUAAUUCUUGUCGUUUUACUGGCAUGCUCAUCGCCAGCGAGAUCGGCAAAACCAGAAAUAAACUACAGAUUGGGCAGUUUCAAUCGUCAACUACUUCAUGAAGUAUUUACAACAAAUGAAAAUCAAAAUACACUGAUAUCUCCCUUUGCCUUGCGUUCAGCUCUAUCAAUGGUCCUAAUGGGAACUGGUGGCGAGACGGCUGAUGAAAUAGAACAAACCUUGCGGCAAUAUGAAACGGAAUCUGAAAUAUUGGAAAAAUAUGGAUCUUUGCUGGCGAAUUUUAAAAGCGAAACUAAUUUAAAAAUUGCAAACAUAAUUUGCCUUAAUCACAAAUUUCGACUGAAAGACAAUUUUUUACAAAUUGUCACCGGACAAUUUUAUUCAACUCGACUUUUGGUGGACUUUUUUCAACUCAAUCAAGCAAUGGAAGUCAUAAAUGAAACCAUUGGCAAAAAUACAAAUUACACUAUUAAAAAUGUAUUGCAACCUCAAGAUUUGGGCCACAAUCCAGAAGCAUUACUGCUAAGUACGGCACACUUUAAUGGGGAUUUUGCUUUACCCCUACCCGCCGAGGGAAUAGAAGAAAAACCAUUUCGUCUAAAUGCCACAAGCCGAAUAAAUAUUCCCAUGAUGAAAUAUAAGGGAAAAUUCGAAUAUGCCAUGCUAACCAAAGACCUUUUAUCAACAGCUAUUCGUAUACCGUAUAGAGAUUCGGAUUUAUCAUUAAUUGUUAUAAAGCCAGCCGAUAGAAUGCCAAUGAAAAGAUUUAUGAGAAUUAUACAGGAAAUUGAUUUCGAUUUAAGAUCCUUGAAGAGGAAAUUCACAGAAGCUGAAGGGUAUAUUAUUUUACCCAAAUUUAAAGCACAAUUUCAAAUGAAUUUGAAAUAUUUUUUAAAGAAGAUGGGUAUGACGAAGUUCUUUACCUCAGCUCGCUUCGAUAAAAUGAUUGAACAAAAUCAAGCCAUUCACUUUAACGAUGUCAUCCAUCAAGCUUCGAUUGAAAUAAAUGAAUCGGUUGAGAAAGUUGUACCCUAUGACUUCGCUAAUACCAUGCACCGUCAAUACGAGAUAUUUGAAGCAGAUCGUACAUUUUACUAUGCUAUAGUUAAUUCUCAAUUUGAGCCGAUAUUCGAGGGAACUUUUGCCGGAAUGUCAAUGUAA